AUGGCACAGUUUGUCCCUCGGCAAACUUUUGUCGUACCGAACUCGAUCCCGAAAACGUACUAUAUCGGUCAUCAUGCCAAGGGUUUCAGCGAUAUGACAAAAAUGAAGAGCCACAUCUCUCUUGCCCUCGAAUGUCGCGACGCUCGAAUCCCUUUUACAUCACACAAUCCCAAUCUAGAUCGCAUCAUAGGCGGGUGCGAACGAAUCAUCGUCUACACAAAAUGCGAUUACACAACAGACACACCAAAUCUCCAGAACACUCUGCGCAAGAUGUACGGUGAUAAUGUCAUCUUCUGGGACAAACACAGAACCUCUACGACAGUUAAGCUACUCAAAAAGAUCAAGGAAGCUGUCGUAGCGCAUGAUUCAAUACUCGGUUUGCGAGCCCUAGUUGUCGGAGUGCCCAAUGUCGGGAAGAGUUCAGUGCUCAACGCUGUACGGUUCCAAGGCAUACCGAGAAAAUCGCCAAAGGUAGCCAAGACUGGAGGUCAAGCAGGCGUGACGCGCAAAAUGGGCACAAAUGUGCGCAUCUUCGACCCAGAGUCGAAGAGUAAGAAGGGUGUAGGCCUAAAUGGUGCAUUUCUGUUGGACACCCCUGGCGUCUUCCCACCUUAUGUCCGUGACGGCGAGACUAUGCUCAAAUUUGCGCUCGUCCAGGGCAUAAAGGACGGAUUAAUACAACACGAAAUACUGGUAGACUACCUCCUCUAUCGGAUGAACCUCUUCAAGCCGACCUUAUAUAAGAAAUACUGCGAACCCACCAACGAUAUUCAUGAGUUCCUUACCGCCGUUGCUUUGAAAGACGGCCUAAUAAAGCUGAAAGGCGUUCCCGAUUUGCAAUCAGCUGCUACCAGAAUCUUAAAUUUAUGGCGACAGGGGAAAAUGGGCAAGUUCGUGCUGGACGAUAUAUCUGACGAGGGAUCGGAGAAACAUCAGCAGUCCAUAGACAAUCCUCCUUUAAGUUUGAACCAAGCAAAGAAACAGAAAAAACAGGCACUUGCACAAGAGAAGGCAGGCGCUUAG